AUGGAGGAGCACGUGCAAUUUCUCUUCUCGGUGCUUCAGCGUGUGCAGCCCAAGGGGUUCAUGAGCAUACAGCUCUCACAGGUGAUUGAGGCAGAUAAGCAGAUGUUUAUUUUAGCCAGUAACAACCUUAUGGGACGUUUGGUCGCUUCGGCUGGAUCUGCUCCAGCUCUUGAUGCGGAGAUUGCGCGUUUGUCUCGAGGCCCAGAAAUCAUGCAGUACUUGGCACCCUUGCAAACACCCAUGGCCCCGCCUGCUCCGUGGAAGGGCGAUCCCAAAGGGGGCAAGAACGGGAAAGGCAAGGAUGGUAAGGGUGGAAAGAAUCCGGGAAAGCAAACUCUUCAACUUCCUGAAGGCUGCGCUCGUUUGAAGAAGCCAGAGCCAAUUGCCAAUGAUGACCUUUUGACUUUGUGCGACUUGUUGCCUCACAAGGGCAUUCGACGAGAGCAAAGGGAAGUGCAGGAUUCUUUCAUUGCAGGAUGCUAUGCUCAGGAGGGCUUUCGUGGCUUGCGCCAUGAGUGCUCCACUUUCCCUUUUGCAUGCCGUAUCAUGACCCGUUACAUUAGAGAGCGUCUUCCAGGUCAUGUUUUCUCCACAUGUGGUAUUUUCAUUGACAGCUGUGCGCCUUUGCAUCGAGACGAUCGAAACGCACAGUGGCCGAAUGCAAUUUUCCGAUUGAGCGAUUUCAAGCAAGGAGGUUUGUGGAUUGAGGGGUCAGGUGAUGAUGUGCGUGAGCUGAACGGACGAGAGUUGACAGGACAGGUUCACGAGAUUGGCGUGAACCCUCUGCUUUUCGAUGCUAGGCUCGGGGUCGCCCGUUGCGCAAUGGAGCUCCAGGCCCACAGUUCGGUUGAUGCAUUGCGUCUUGAGGCAGCAAACAAGUUAUAUGCAUUGACAUACCGCAUUUUGCGGAAGUGCAUUGAGGACGACGUCGUCGUGAGUCUUGACAAUCCUGUCAACAGCUACCUCUGGGAUGUCUUGCAUGCUUUUGAGCCCAGCGAGCCCAAGCUUCAUGUCCUUCCAAAGCUCACGCCUGUGAUUUUCGACUUGUGUUGUCAUGGCGGUGCGCGCCCCAAACGCACUCAACUGUUGUGCACACCUGCUUGCUUUGAGCGAUUGCAUGCUUUGUGCCAGAAUGACCAUCCCCAUAAGCCUUGGGGUCAGAUUGUUGAGUGCGGCACGGUGCGAUAUGCAACCAAAGAUGACGCGGCCUACCCGCAACUUUUCUCGGGUCGCUAUGCCGCCUGUUUGGCCGAUCAUGCCUUAGCAGCAGGCUACAACUUGGUGCCCCAGCCACGUGUCAAGGAUUUGUCGCUUGCUAUGCUCGGCAAACAAACCAAGCGCCAUGCACCUUUGGUUUCAGAAUACAAACAAGUCUUGAAUGUGCCAGCAGCUUCUUUCACUCAGCAGCCACACUUGAAGCUCUUGCGCAAUCCCAUCGGGGGUGGCAACGUGCGAGCUUCUGAUUUGGCUAGGGCCCAACCUUUGGUUAGUAACACCCCUCCGGGAGGGACCACCCCGGAGGCCCCAGGUAGGGGUAACGUUGAGAUGAAGGUGGGGGUCUAUAGGCGCAACUUGGCGAUUGCAAAGGUGAAGCAGGAGGUCCACAGAUUGCGUGAUGCAGAAGAGAAGCUUCACAAUUCAAUGGACCCGUCAGUUGCUAAGGUGAUGAAGGGCAAGUCGAUCCUGGCCUUUGAAGCUUUGUUGAGGUCUGAGGGUUAUGAUGAUAUGGGUGUGAUUUCUUUCUUGAAGGAGGGAGUGCGCUUGGUGAGAACAUCGGAUUGCCCUGCUUGUUACGAUUACAAGUUUGUUCCUGCGUGGCUCUCGGAGGAUGAGCUGUUCGACACUGCAGCUGCCCGCAGGGAUGCAUUGCUAAGCAAGUUCGAAAGAGUUGACCCUGAAGAGGCAAAGAUCUUGAAGGAUGCAACCGACAACGAAGUUUCCUUGGGUUUCUUAGAGGGUCCUUACUACGAGGAAUCCGAGGUUUCUAGUCGGUUAAAAACUGAGAGGUGGACUGUCAUUCGCCGCUUCGUUCUACUUCAAGGUGCAGACCAAAAGCCUCGCCCCAUCGACAACUGCUUGGAGUCGCAACUUAACGCGGGUUAUAGUGCAAGCAUUCACCUUAGGCUUCAAGACUCGGAUUACAUAGCUUCGAUGGCCCUCCACGUGGCCAAAGAGAUCCAAGGUGGGCGAGUCCACCCAGCUGCCAAGCUUUGGCAGGGGAAGUGCUUGGAUUUGAGCAAGGCUUACAAGCAGCUAGCGGUACACCCCGACCAUAGGUCGCUGGCCGUAAUUGCAGUGCGUGAAUCCGACGGGCGCGAUGCGCUCUACUUGUCGAACUCCUUAAUGUUUGGCAGCACGGCCGCAGUUUACGCCUUUAAUAGGGUUUCCAGGGCGCUUUGGUACUUGAUCAAUCGUCUUUUGUGUUUGCCUAGUGGCGUCUUCUACGACGACUUCCCGCUGCUGUGCCCGGCGGGCAGUGCAAACAAUGCCGAUGAAUCAGCCAGCGCCUUGCUGGACUUGUUGGGGUGGGCGCAUGCAAAGACAGGUGCAAAGGGCAGGCCGUUUGCUGAGCAGUUUGAGGUUUUGGGCAUGAGCCUAAACUUGAAGCAUGUUUCGCAGGGCGAGGUCUCCUUGUCAAACAAACAGGGUCGGAUUGAGCGUAUCAUUGACCGUCUUCAAGAGAUCAGCUUGAAAGGGGAGAUCAAGAGACAUGAUGCCCAAGUGCUCCAGGGCUUGCUUCAGUAUGCAUCGGGCUUCUACGCUGGACGAUCCUUGAAGCACGCUUCACACAUCCUUGCGAGGAUCGUGGGCGGUCUGCAUUUUAGCCCUUGGGACUUGAGUGAUUUCUGUAAGCAUACAGUCGGUCUCUUGAAGCACGAGAACCCCCGAAUAUUGUCUUGCACCAUGAUCACGGACAUAAUUCACUUGUUCACUGACGGCGCUUGGGAAGGAGGGGUGGCGGGCAUAGGUCUCGCUGCCCACGAUUGCUUCUCCGGCUCUGGAUGGGUCUAUCAGGGCCAUGUGCCAGACUCAUUGCUGGCCGCUUGGAAAGCUGAGAUAGGGGAGCAGCUAAUAUGUGAAAUAGAAAUGUUUGCUGUUCUUGCCACCAUGAUGCAGCUUAACGCUUUCCUUUCUUCCCGACGAACAGUCUGGUGGAUCGACAAUGAUGCCACACGCAGUGUCAUCAUCAAAGGAGCCAGCCGAAGCUGGGCUAUGCACUCCAUGGCCCGUUUGUUUUCGGAGUUGGAUCGUGAAUGGCCAUCUAUGUGGUGGGUAUGCCGCGUACCCUCUUUCUCCAACCCGGGAGAUGCGCCGUCAAGAGGCCAUGGGGAAGAAGUCUUGGAGACAGUUGGUGCUUCAGCAGUGCUUCCUUUUGCAAAGCUUGAGGAGCUUUCCAGCCGAGUACUCACCUUCAAGAGAGCAGGUGGUGAUCGGGGGUUGGGGCUCACUUGA